AACAAUAAGCACAAAAUACAAAAGACAAAUUUCUAAUUCAUAAAAGCCAAUGUUUUGAAAUAAAAGUGACCUUAGCACUAUAAAAAAAGUCGGUCAAGUGGUAGGUCAGACUGAUUUCCUGACGUCACUUCCCAUCAUUCGUAGCUGUAAUGUCCGCCGUCAGUCCUGUACAGUAAAUUUCAUGUAAGCUGAACUUGUUUUAUAACGAAUACGAGUCAAAUAGAGCCUUGUCCUCAAAUUUAUGAAUUAAACUUACCAACAUAAGAUGGGAGAUCAAUAUUUAGCGUAUUGUCUCUCACAGACAAGCUUCACAUGGGCGUUAAAAAGCAAAGUUAUCUGUUGUUGAAGUGAUGAAUAUGGCAGCUAACUCCGACAAGAUGGCAGUAACUGACAACCAAUCUAUUCCUAUUCAUGGGUCUGACUCUAGAGAAGAUACAGACAUGAAGCUUCAAGGUAAAUCUACCAAUGACGGCAAUUAUAAAAAGAAAAGUACUUUCAAGAUAACAAGUGUUACUAAAAGUUACCAUGGGUCAGCAGACAUGUCAAAUGAUGCUGAUCAUGACAUUGAACAUGAUUCAAUGGAUGAUUUAGAUGAAACUGUAGAAAGUCACACUGAAGAUGCCAGUUCAGAAAUAUUAGAUAUUUCUAAACAUACUGAUGGCGGUGAGCCUGCAUCGCCCAUGGAGGAGGAAACUUCUGAUCAUGCUAUAAACUCUGGCAUUACCGCCAUUAAUAAUACCAAUAAAGAAGUUAACAUUAAAACUGAACAAAUGAAUAGCACUAGCAAUGUAAAAGAAAUAAAUGUGAAAGAGAAGGAAAAGGAAAAGACAGAGCCGCAAGGUCCACAUCCAACCCGAUUUAAAGUAGUUAAGAUAGAAACGAGAGAACCAUUUAAACGUGGACGUUGGAGAUGUCAAGAUACUUUAGAUGUUCCAGCUUCAGACAAAAGUGACACUAAAAUUAAUAUUGUAGACUCGAAUGUUGGGGUACCAAAUAGUACUUUACAUAAUGUAAGUUCAGGAGAAGACCCAUCUAAAAAUCCUGCCAAAUCUGUGACUGUGAUUCAAGGUGAAAGUAGGGAAAAUUUUCACAUUGAUAAUUCUUCAACAAUUCGUCAGACUCAACCUAAUAGUCAACUACAAAUAGCACAAACUCCUAAGUCUAGUAUACCGAGUAAUCUUGCUCAACAGGUAUACACACAUCCAGGUUCAACUAAUUUUCAGAAUGGAACAGGACAUUCUCAAGCUCUCCCAAAUGUGAACAGUUCUUAUACCCCUGGUCAAACUUCUAUGCAAACAGGUGAUACGACUUUCAUGUAUACUGGUCAGAUACCUAGUACAAUGCAGAAUGUAGCUGGGUCAAAUGUAGAUAACAAAUUACAGUACAAUAAAGAACAACAUGUUAGUAGUGAUAAUGUGAUACAAAAUAUAGACAAUACAGAACUAAAUUCUAAUUUAUCAAAGACCAGCGGUGCUCAUAACAUGCCACAGAAUUCCAUGAAUAUUGAUAUACAGCAAGGGGCAAUUCUGACUCCACAGUCUGUUGCUGAAGUUGUUGGAAUGAUUCCAAGUCCACAGGAAGAAGACAGGUCUAAAAGAAACUUCAGUGCUAUUAGUCCUCUGACACCAGGUGGACGAAAUGAUAAAAAGUGUACCAUUCGUGGAAAAAUUGGUUCAAGUACUGUUGCUAUUGAUAACAAAAUAGAACAAGCUAUGGAUCUGGUAAAAAGUCAUUUGAUGUAUGCUGUGAGAGAAGAAGUAGAAGUUUUAAAGGAACAAAUAAAAGAACUGAUGGACAAAAAUCAACAGUUAGAGUAUGAAAACCAGAUCUUAAAAAAUUCUGCUAGUCCUGAGACGCUCUCCAAACUUACCAGUCCUUCAUCAUCAUCGUGACAGCAUCAUAAUGGAUGUCUACAGAUAAAUUAAAACCAUCAUGUGGUGACACAGAUGACCAAGGCCAUCUCUAUGGUAACCAGAGUUCAUCAAUAGGAUUCAAGUGGUCUGAGUUACUCCUGGUGAAACUCAGCAAUUGUCAUGGCUACCCACUGGAUCAAUAGAAUAUGCUGUCCCAGAUAUUGCAAAGCUAAUUUUGACAUUUUACUUAUUAAUUUCAUACAUAAUCAGAAUAUCAGUAUUAUUUAUUUUGUAAUGAUAUUGAUUUUUAACAUGUCAAUUAUAUGAAAGAGUAUCAUUUAGCUGAGAAAAUAUAGGAUGUCACUCUGAUUAUCAAAAUUAUGCAUUACUUAUUACAUUUUCAGGAUUAUGUAGGACAAUUGUAAAUAAUAAUGAUUUGAAGGAUGAAAAUAUAUGGGGAAAACAGUUUAAAAAACAGACAGUUACUCUCAAUUGAAAUUUAGUAUUUAAAUAGCUUGGGUUUUAAUUUUAUUUGUGAAAAAUAAUGACCAUAAUAAUGGAUGCAAUGAAAUACUUUGAAAAUAUAAAGGUUUACCAUAUGUUUUUAUCAUUGAACCAGAAUGUCAUCUUACUAUUGGGCAUAUUGAAUUUUUGAUUUUAUAAACGUUUUGAUAAAUUGGAUGGCUGUUACAGUUAGAACAUUAUAACUUGAUGAAGAAAGGAAAGGCUGUCUGCUUAAUUCUGUAGCUUCAGUUGCAUUCUAUUUUCCUAUCAUUUUAGUGUUGCUUUUUGCUUAAAGAUUCACUUUGUAUGAUGUAUAGAUAUUUGUAAUGAAUAUUACUGUAAAAUAGGUUACUAGCUGUCCCUGAUUGCUUUGAACAGUUUUUUGUGCUGAAGUGUUUAAAUUCAUAAGCUGAGUAGAACUGUACAUAUACUGCACACAUUUUUUUCAAUGAAAGUUGUUCAUAUUGAACCAUUGUUUUGCACAUGCAUAAUAACAUGGUAAUCACAGCAUUAUUGAGUGGUAUACAAAUCAAACGUGAAAACAAACUACAUUUUAAUGGGAUUACACCAGUUAUUACAUAGCUUGAGUUUUGUGAGGAUUUGUUACUGAAUAGAACAAAAUAACAUUUUAUUAAAAUGCUAUAAAAUUUCCUGAAGAAGGGGAGAUAAUUCAAACAAUUAUUAAAGUGGCCAGUAUAUAUCCCUGUGCAGUAUUGCAUGAUUAUCGUUUUGUUCGACCUAAACUUUAAUAAUGCAAUUUAAAUAUUAGCACAAUAAAUUUAUGAAUAUAAUUGUAUAUUUGUAUUAUAUGUAUAUUGAUGUAACAAAUAUUGUUAUAUUUUAAUAGAAUAUAUUAUAUAUGAAAAUAAAUUAAUUUACAUCUUUCUUCAGUUUAAUAUCAGCUUAACAUGUUUCUCUUUUCAUGUUACUUUUAAAUGAAUCAUAUAUUAAUUGGCUUGGUUAUAAGAAUGCCUAAGAUUGUAAAUUUUUUCAAAUACUUUCUUUUGAAAUGUCAAUGAUAUUUUAAAUAAAAAGCUUAUUCUUUAUAUGAGUUAAUACAUCAAAGGUAUGCAUAAUUGCCUUUUUGAAAACUGUUGGGUCUGUUUUAAAUGAAUUAGAAUGGGAAGCAAUAGUAAAAGUUAUUCAAAUUGGAAUUAGUUUACUGGAAAGAUUGACACAGUCAUUUUAUAUGUUUAGAAAAUUGUCAUAUAAUAGAGUUUUUAGAAUUUUACUUUUUAUUUGUUAUUUGCCUUUAAAAUGUAUUAGAAUAAGUUUCCAAGAAGUGCUAUAAUUUAUUUUGAAGGAAAGUGUUAUAUGUUUUUAUAUUUUGUUUGAAAUGUUGAAGUUUAAUCAGAGAAACUGUGUUUUAACAGAUUUAGUAUGUUCACACAAACACUUACUCUAAAUGUCAAAAAAAAUACUUUGAUUAAGAAGUCUAAAUGCAUUUGACUAAUUAUUGAAUAUUUCAAGAAAUUGUUUUCUAUUUCUUAUCUCUGAUUAAUGGCAUAUUUAUCAAUGAGACAUUUAUUGUUUUGUUUUGAUAAAUGACUCUUUGAGAAUAUGUAUAAAAAGACAAAAACUGUGUUUAAGUAUAUCAGACAAUCUAUCUUUCUUAUAGGGGGGCAAAGAAGGGGUGACAUUUUGAAUUAUAAAUGGUAAAUAUUUGACUAAUUUUGAAAUGUAAAAAUAAUUUGUUCUUUAAAUUAGUUUAAAUUUUCUUUUAUAAUUAUGUUGAAAGAAAUUUAUUUGGGGUACCUGAAAAUUGGUUGGUUCCUGCAAUUUUUAAUUCUCCAUCAAUCAAAAUUAUGUCUCCUUUAUUCAUUCGAUUGGUUGUAUUAACUAACAUUAAAACCUAUGAAAAUGUAAUAUAAAAGAAGAAAUGGGCUAUGUUAUUAAAGCCUGUAUGAAAUAACAAAAAACAUAAAUCUCAAAAAAAGAUUUGCAAAUUUUUAACCGAAUAAUCUGUUCAAGAUAUAUGCUUCUUGUAUGAUUCAAUUGGUGACACAUUAAUGGAAAUUAUUUUUUUAACAAAAAAAAAUAGGUUUAACAGUACAAUAUUGUCUGGUAUAUUUAAAAUCUUGAAACAUGCUGGAAGAUGAUUUAAAAGAAACCAAAAUGAGAUUGUUCUGGUAAGGGAGAAAACUUGCCAUUGUGAUAUGAAUGUAAUGUGCAAAAGUAGGAUAACUUGGAGAGAAAAUAUGACAUUUAUAAACUAAAUAACAUUACCAUGAAAUUAAAAAUAAAUUUAAUUUACAAUUA